UCUGGACCCAUUUCGAAAGGUAUCCAAGUGAAGGAAUUCAAACUGCCUGACCCAAUACAUAUUCCUGGUAAUAUUGAAAUGGAGUUCCAAACUGAGGUGAUCGGAGAUCUGAUCGAACCAAUCACCUUGAAUAUUGACGUUUGGAAGUUGGUUAAUCUAUACUGGUUUACAGUAAGAACUCCUAUUCCGGGAUGCUGUUCUUUUGAAAACAUCUGUGAUAUGCUAGGAGGAGGGCAUCCAUCCAACUUCAGUUGCCCUGUUGGUACGGCGGAAAAUUGCAUCGAAUGCACCUGCCCACCACUGCCUGGAAGAUACAACACGAGCGUAACACCUGUGGUUGUAAAUGUGGACGAAUUACCAUAUUACGUCAGGCUAUUUAUCAAGUUAUUCGCAUCGGGAAAGUACGAAACACGUUUCACCAUGACGGACGGAAAAGAUGACCUUGUCUUGUGUAUGGAGACCUCGAUGGAAAUAGCGACAUCGGCGGAGGACACAUCACUUGCUGAGCGAAGACCUGUCUUGGAUAAACUACCCGACUAUUGCUAUCGGAAUAAUGCGACAAAACCAACUCAAUCCAACGACGUCUACUGAUUAUGCUCAAUGUUAAGAACUUCUGUACCGAAAACAAUCGCAUUCAACCCAUGUUCCUCCUCGAAAUACCAGAUCCAUCUGGCCAUGAUUUUCAUCCUAAUUUUUCACUUAAAUAAUGAAUUAUGUUAGGGAACAUCUACGAUUAAUGAUAGUAAAUAUAAUAUAUAAAUAUAUAAUAAUAAUAUAUAUAUAUUAUUAUUAUUAUAUUAUACAGAAUAUUAAUAUAAUAUAUAGGCCUAUAUAUAUAUAUAUAUAUAUAUAUAUAUACAGUAUAUAUAGGCCUAUAUAAUAUUGCACUGUAACGUUGGCACGCUUCAAAACAAGUUGAGAAUUCUAUUCAAUAAAGCAAAAUGAAAUUA